CAUACAUACCAAGUUAUCAGCGCUGCGUGGGGUGCUUCGAAACUUUCGCUUCUCUGUAGGCUAACGUUAUAGACUUUGCUCAGAGACCUGGACUUCAGGGAAGAUUUAUGCCUCGUUGCUUGCGAUAGAAAAUAUGCACGAACCAAGUGCAGACCCCGGAGCCUUGACAAGCUAGCGGUCGUCUAAACGAGGGAAAUGCCCGGCUUUCUCUGCUGUUUUGGAGGAGCUGCAGGCCCAGCCCAGCUGGAUGCUAAUGCAGUUCCAGCCGCGAAGGCAGCAAUCUAUGCGGCGCCAGGAGUGGGCACAGUGCCCGCAGCAUCGGCUGGUGCCUCCGCUCCCCAAACAGCGUCCACAAAGGCGCAGCCAGCUGGCGUGGCGCAGACUGCAACAGUACCACCAGUGGUGCUACACCUGCAGCGCCACCUUGCGGCGCUUCAGGGUACAUGGAUCUCGCGUGUUGACAUGGCGUUGAAGCUUACCAUGGAGUGCACUGGCGCCACGGCGGUCGGGCUUACCAUGCUGUCGGCUACGCACGACUGCUUGGUGGUGCUGGCGCGGCGCGGGCCGCAGCACCUGGUGCUGCCGCCCGGCUCUUGCAUCGCCAUCACUGACCCCGGCGAGAUGGCGCAGAGCUUGGAUACGCCGGAGCAGCACUCGCUGCAGCACAUGUACAGCACCUCGGCGGCGCUUGUCCGCACCGUGCCGCCGCCGCGGACGGCCAACGGCGCGCCCCCGCCCGCCGGCGCCGCCGGCGCGGCGCCCUCUCUGCCACUGGACUGGGCGCACCUGCACCGCUCCCACGGCAUCACCCACUUCGCGGCGCUGCCGCUCUACCACGGCUCCAACCUGGCCGGUGCGCUGACCAUCCUCGGGUCCACGUCAGCCGGCGGCGGCGGCGGCGGGCCAGGCAACCUCGCCGACCCGCACUCCACCACGGCGGUGCCGCAGCUCGUCAGCAUCGCCAACAGCUCGGCCCACGGGCUGACCCAGGUAGCCGCCGCCAACGCCAGUGGAGGCGGCGGCGGCGGCGGAGCCGGCGGCGGCGGCGGCGGCGCUGCGUCUCUCGACGCGCUGUUUCGCGCGCCGCUGUCGUUGGAGCUUGUGGGCAUGGCGGUGGCUCAGUGCUGCCUGGGGGCGGACAUGGCGCUGGCCUGCCACGCGGUGGAGAUGGUGCAGGCCAUGCACGCCUGCGCCUCCAUACAGCAGCUGGUGGCGGGCAUUUCGCUGGGGCUGCAGGCGCUCAUGCACGCGCGCUUCUGCCUCACGCUGCGCUGCAACGUGGCCCUGGCGGUGGAGUUCCAGCCCAACGCCAUCAUGUUCGAGGAGUCGGGCGCCGCCGCCGGCGCCGCCAGCACCAGCAACAGCACCGCCGUAACCGGCCAGCACCACUACACAGCCUCCGCGCACGACGGCGGCGGCGCCGCCGCCGCCUCCGGCCCCGGCGGCGCCAAGCCGCAGGCCACCGGCCGCCCGUCGGCGGUGUUCGGCUCUCCGGCGCCCACCGGCGCCGGCGGCAUUCGCACCUUGACCUCGGGCGGGCUGGCGAACGGGGAGGGUGCGGGCGGCGGCGGGCGGCUGGCGUUUUCCACGGCGCGGAGCGGUCUGGACACCACGUGCAACGACGCGGCGUGGGGCGCGUCCAGCGGCCACGUGACGGCGUCGGUGCUGCUGCACCAGAUCGUGGGGCGGAGGUACAAGGCUCGGCCGUUCUCGGUCUACCACACGCUGCUCAUCCGCACCAUCCACGAGCUGGCGGCCAGUGCGUACGGCGGCACUGUCAUCACGCAGUGCCACGACCACAUGCAGGACGCCAAGACGCCCUCGCGCGACAUCUACGCUCUGGGCCGCGGCGUGGGCCAGCCGCCGCAGUCCAUGGUGCUGUCAGUCACGCACCUGCGCCCCGCGGACGACGCCAACCCGGCCGAGGUGGCCGCCGCCGCCGCGGCCGCCGCCGCCGCCCCGCACGCCACCGGCAGCAGCGGCACGCCCGGCGGCGCGCCGCACACGCAGCGCAGCGGCCUCACGCGGCGCAGCACGCAGGGCGCCGCCGCCGCCGCCGCCGCGCCGCCGCCCGCCACCACCUCCAGUGCCGACACCGGCUCGCACGCGCACCCGCCCGCGUCGCCCGAGCGGCACCCCAGCAGCGCCUCUGGGCCCGGCUCCACCUCGGCGCACGCUGUGCUGAGCCCCGGCAACACGGGCGCCACGGCGGCGGAUUCGCCGGCGCCGCAGGAGCCGCGCACCUACAUCGGGCUGUACCUGACCAGCGCUGAGCCGCUGCCGGCGGCGCUGCUGGACCUGAUCCUGGUGGAGGCGCACAGCCUGGCCUGCCACGUGCUGUCGCCGCUGGUGCACCGCAAGCUGCUGGUGGGCGAGCUGGCGGUGGAGUGGGGGCUGAUGCAGAUCGUGACCAGCAGCAACCUGCCGCACGCCGGCGCCGGCACCAACGACAGCGCGUCGGCGCACGGCAGGCUGCUCAACCGCCAGAAUACGGCAAACAUCGUGCCGAUGGCGGCGGCGCCGGCUGGCGCCGCCGCCGCCGCCGCCGGCGGCGGCUCCAUGCUGGGCACGCCGCUCACGGGCGGGUCCAUGAUCGCCAUGACGCCGGAGCACGCCGGCGACGCGGCGGGCGGCGCCGCCGGCGGCGCCGCCGGCCGGACGGGCAGCUCUCUGGGCCCCAGCGGCGCCGACUCUCGUAUGUCGUCGCUGCAACGCAUCAUGGCGCCGUUCCUCAUGGCAGACAUGGCGGCCACGGGCGACGCGGCCAUGCUGGGCGCCACCACCGCCGUCAGCGGCCAGGCCGGGCUGCUGGGGCACAUGACCGCCGCCGGCCGCCGCAGCAGCGACAUGAGCCUGGCCGGCGCCACCGCCGCCACCGCCGCCGCCGCGCUGGCCGGCGGCUCCUUGAACGCCGGCACCGCCAACGCCCCUGGCGGCGGCGGCGGCGGCACGACGGGGGAGGCGCUGCGGAGCCUCGGCACUGGCCCCGGGACCGGCGGGCCGUCGCCGGCGGGCGUCACCGCCCUCGGAAUCCGCCGCAUCCUGGCCUUCGACGCGCAGGCCGGCGGCGCCGGCGGCGGCGCCAAGCCGGCCUCGGGCCAGAACGGCCGCAAGAGCGUCACGAUCAGCGAGAGCGUGGCGCGGGAGAUGAUGAUGGCGGCCGCCGCCGCCAGCAACGGCGGCGUGGGCGGCAGCGCGCCCGGCGGCGACAAGUUCUUGUCGACGGAGGUGGCGACGGUGCAGGACACGCACAGCCAGAUGGGGCUGCUGGUGACGAGCUACAAGGAGACGCUGCACAACAUGCACAUGGAGCUCAGCGUGGGCAACAGCAACAGGAACCCCGCCGCCGAGUUCGCGGACGACCCCGGCAAGCUGGUUCUGCGGGAGGUGCUGGGCAAGGGCGGGCACGGCGUGGUGUUCCGCGGCAGCAUGCACACGCUGGAGGUGGCCAUCAAGGUGUUCCAGACCCCGGGGGAGGACGAGCCGCUGGCCGCCGGCACCGCCAGCCGGCCCGAGGUGCUGGCGGAGACGCUGCUGCAGCGGCGGCGGGUGCUGACCCGCGCGGCGCUGGAGCUGGCCAUCAUGAGCUCCAUCAGCCACCCCAACAUCGUGCAGGUGUACGCGCAGUGGCCCACGGCGCUGCUGGAGCGCGACGAGACGCAGCCGUGCCGGCGGCGGCUGCGCAAGCUGCCACCCGACACGCCGCCGCCGGCCAGCGGCGGGCUGGUGUGUGCAGUGAUGGUCAUGGAGUACUGCGACAAGGGCACGCUGGUGGACGCCAUCAACCGCGGCGACUUUGUGACGCCGGCGCGCGACGGCAGCGGCUACAAGCCCAACUACAAGGCCAUCUACACGACGCUGCUGGAGGUGGCGCUGGGUCUGCGGCACCUGGCGUCCAUGGCGGUGACGCACUGCGACGUCAAGCCCGCCAACAUCCUGCUGCGCUCCUGCCCGCGGGACCCGCGCGGCUUCACAGCCAAGCUGGCAGACUUCGGCUACGCGGCGCUGCUGCGUGACUCGGGGCCGGACGGGCACCGCAGCGUGGUGACGGACGAGGCGUGCGGCACCGUGACACACAUGGCGCCCGAGUCGUUUGUGGAGGGCGAGCCGGUGGAUAGCAGCGCUGACGUUUACGCCUUCGGCAUUCUCAUGUGGGAGCUGAUCAGCGGCAAGCAGCCCUACCACGACCGCAACCUGAAGCAGUUGCCCCACGAGGUGGUGAACAAGGGGCUGAGGCCCACCUUCCCGACCAACACACCCGACGUCUACAAGUCGCUGGCCAAGAGCUGCUGGAGCCCGCUGCCCCGCAACCGGCCCACCGCGGCUCAGGUGGUGCAAUCCAUCCAGGCGCAGCUGGACAAGAUAGAGGCGGUGGCGCGGCUGCUGGGCAAGGUUUGAGCAGGCAUGCAGGGGCGGAACAGGCAAGGCGCGCCGGCGGAACA